AUGCUGCCCCGCCGCGCCCCGGCGCCCGGUGCGCAGCUGCUGCCCGCGCCCGCCCUGCUGCUGCUGCUGCUGCUCGGCGCGGGGCCCCGCAGCGGCUGUCUGGCCAGCCCGGUGCCCGCCGCGUCCUUGUCCGUGUCGGGGCCGUGCGGCGCACAGCCCUGCCGGAACGGGGGUGUGUGCACCCCGCGCCCCGCUCCCGGCCCGCAGUCCCCGGCCGCCGCCGGCGACCCCGGCUACAGCUGCACCUGCCCCGCCGGGAUCUCUGGCGCCAACUGCCAGCUUGUUGCGGAUCCUUGCGCCAGCAACCCGUGUCACCAUGGCAACUGCAGCAGCAGCAACAGCAGCAAUGGCUACCUCUGCAUUUGCAAUGAAGGCUAUGAAGGUCCAAUCUGUGAACAGGCACUUCCCAGUGUCCCCGCCUCUGGCUGGACGGAGUCCAUGGCACCCAGACAGCUUCAGCCUGUCCCCACCACCCAGGAGCCUGACAUAAUCCUGCCCCGCUCUCAGGCCACCAUCACCCUGCCAACGUGGCAGCCGAAAACUGGGCAGAAAGUUGUAGAAAUGAAAUGGGAUCAAGUGGAGGUGAUUCCAGAUAUUGCCUGUGGGAAUGCCAGUUCUAACAGCUCUGCGGGUGGCCGUCUGGUGUCCUUCGAGGUGCCACAGAACACUUCAGUCAAAAUUCGUCAAGAUGCCACUGCCUCACUGAUUUUGCUGUGGAAGGUCACGGCCACAGGAUUUCAACAGUGCUCCCUCAUAGAUGGACGGAGCGUGACCCUCCUCCAGACCCCUGGGGGCCUCGUCCUCUUGGAGGAGAUGCUUGCCUUGGGGCACAAUCACUUCAUCGGUUUUGUGAAUGAUUCUGUUACUAAAUCUAUCGUGGCUUUGCGCUUGACUCUGGUGGUGAAGGCCAGCACCUGUGCACCAGGGGAGAGCCACGCAAACGACUUGGAGUGCUCGGGAAGAGGAAGAUGCACCACGAAGCCAUCAGAGGCAACUUUUUCGUGUAACUGUGCUGAUCAGUACACGGGUACUUUCUGUGAAGAAUUUGACGCCUGCCAGAGGAAACCCUGCCAGAACAAUGCGAGCUGUGUUGAUGCGAAUGAAAAGCAAGAUGGGGGCAACUUCACCUGUGUUUGCCUUGCUGGUUAUACUGGAGAGCUUUGCCAAUCCAAGAUUGACUAUUGUAUCCUAGACCCAUGCAGAAAUGGAGCAACCUGCAUUUCUGAUCUCAGUGGAUUCACCUGCCAGUGUCCAGAAGGCUACCUGGGCUCUGCCUGUGAGGAGAAGGUGGACCCAUGCGCCUCGGGGCCCUGCCAGAACAACGGGACCUGCUACGCCGACGGGCUGCACUUCGGCUGCAGCUGCAGCGCGGGCUUCACGGGCCCAGCCUGCGCGCAGCUCGUGGACUUCUGUGCGCUCAGCCCCUGCGCCCAUGGCACAUGCCGCAGCGUGGGCACCAGCUAUAAAUGCCUCUGUGACCCAGGCUACCAUGGCCUCUACUGUGAGGAGGAAUACGACGAGUGCCUCUCUGCCCCGUGCCUGAACGCCGCCACCUGCAGGGACCUCGUCAACGGCUACGAGUGCGUGUGCCUGGCAGAGUACAAAGGAAUCCACUGUGAAUCCUACAAGGACCCCUGUGCUAACGUCAGCUGUCUGAACGGAGGCACCUGUGACAGUGAAGGCCUAAAUGGCACAUGUGUCUGCGCACCCGGGUUUACAGGUGAAGAGUGUGACAUCGACAUCGAUGAAUGUGACAGUAACCCCUGCCAUCACACCGGUACCUGCCUGGACCAGCCCAAUGGUUAUACAUGCCACUGCCCACGCGGCUGGGUGGGAGCAAACUGUGAAAUCCACCUCCAGUGGAAGUCCGGGCACGUGGCGGAGAGUCUCACCAACAUGCCCCGCCACUCCCUCUACAUCAUCAUCGGCGCCCUCUGCGUCGCCUUCAUCCUGAUGCUCAUCAUCCUGAUUGUGGGGAUUUGCCGCAUCAGCCGCAUCGAGUACCAGGGCUCUUCCAGGCCGGCCUACGAGGAGUUCUACAACUGCCGCAGCAUCGACAGCGAGUUCAGCAACGCCAUCGCCUCCAUCCGGCAUGCCAGGUUUGGAAAGAAAUCCCGGCCUGCGAUGUAUGAUGUGACCCCCAUCGCCUAUGAGGAUUACAGCCCCGAUGACAAGCCCUUGGUCACACUGAUUAAAACAAAAGAUUUGUAAUCUUUUGGGGGAUUAUUUUUCAAAAAG